AUGUCUAUCUUCGUAACCGUUGGUUCUACCGGUUUCGAUGACUUGGUAGAAGCUGCAACUUCAGCCUCAUUUCUUUCAUUUCUUGAAAUGCGAGGAUAUCGUAAUCUUGUAAUACAAUAUGGAUCUUCAGAGACAAUAUAUUCUCGGACCACAUUCCCCACUAUAAGCAAUAUUACUGUUACAGGAUAUUCAUACAAAUCAUCUAUUGAAGAGGACAUGAAACAGGCUGAUAUUAUUGUCAGUCAUGCCGGCUCUGGAACUCUCCUACAGGCACUUCGGUUAGAUAACAAAAAGGUUGUUGUGGUUGUCAAUACUUCAUUGAUGGACAACCACCAGCGUGAAAUAGCAGAUGUUAUGGAGAGUAAGAACUACGUCGUAGCCACAAAUCCAAGUAACCUCUCAGACGCUGUUGAAACCAUCCAGAAAAGAUCAAUUGAUAAGUUUCCACACGCAAAUAUAAAUCAUUUUGGUGAUCUUUUGGAUGAAUUUAUGGGAUUCCUGUAA